AUGAGCAAAACAUCCCAGCCACGGCAACAGCAGCAGCAGCAGCAGCAGCAGCAGGGUCCGCCAUUUCCAAACAAUUACAUCCUGCGACAAGUCUCGCUGGCCGACUCUAAACCAUGCAUGAUCUGCUUCAAGCCAUCUUCAACCGUUCUAGUAUCAGAAAACCAGCAUGAUUUCUUUUACGUUUGCCCCUCGCAUUUGUUAGAUGACCAGUUUGCUACCCCCAUAAAACCAGAAUCAUACAACUUGUUACACCAAGAAGUUAAACAAAUAAAUCAGAGCGUGGCAAAGUUGCGCAAAGAUAUGGAAACAGAAAAACCAUACCUCUGGGGCAUGAGCAACUACUGGAAACUGAACAAUAAUGGAGAUAACCCGUCAACAAAUGACAACGACAACGACAAAGAAAAAAGCAAGAGUCAGGAGCAGAAUAACGACAAGGACGGUAAAAGCAAGUAUGAAACCCUUAAGGCACGACUAGCAGACCAAUUACAAAACCUCAAGGAGAAAGAAGAAGAAAUCAAACUGUUCAAAUUCAAAAAAUACCAAUUAGAACAAACUAUAUACAAGAACCGAUUGAUGCUUCACCAAAGGAGAAAGCACGAGAAAGAAAAGAGUGAAAAAUUACAACAAGAAGGCUUCUUUCCACAAGCACCAACCCACCAACUCACAAACUAA